GUCAAAGCAAGAGUUACUUCUUGCGCUCAUCAUGCCUUGUUGGCGAUGUAAAUCCACCCUCUAUUUUUGGCUCUUGGCACUUCCAACGACUUUUGCUAUCUGGCCUUUCGAAACCAAGAGGUUUAGUGGGAACUCUCUCCUGAAUGCGGGCUCCCUGGGCUUGAAUGAUCCUGGAAGAGUGGUUGCUUUUGGAGAUUUCAACGGCGACCAGUUCUUAGAUGUUCUAAUGCUAGGAAAUGAUCGACGGACACUGUCUGUGUAUUUGUGGAACCAUGAGGAAUACACGUUCCAAAAAUCUUCUUCCAUAAAACAUCCAAGUGAUAUUUACAAUGUAGUACCAGGAGAUUAUACGCAUUCCGGAAAGCUAGACCUCCUUGUAAUGAGUGGGAGCUGGGCUUCAGGACCUUUGGAUCUCUCUGUAUACCCUGCUCGCGCAGAUGGGGGUUUUGAUGUGAAAAAUCCAUUCUAUAUUGAAUCCUCUUCCCAAUCGCAACCCAUACCACUCGACCUCAACGGCGACAUGAAGAUAGAUCUCCUUGGAAUGACUGCUUCCUCGCAGCAUAAUUCAGAAACUUUCCAGACAUGGAAGAAUGUGUGGAACGCGUCGCAGCCGCACUCUCCGCUAUUUGAAGUGGCAGAUUCUCCAUUUCAUGGCUCUCAAUGCAUCAUUUCGAAUCCUCAUAGUAAUGCAGUCGUAGACUUAGAUGGAGAUUGUCUGGCAGAUGUAUUUCUCGUCUGCGAUAAUGGCAAUGGCAUGAAAUAUUUUCAAAUAUGGGUUAACAACAAGGACGAUGGCUUUUCUCUUGCGCACCAAGGGAGCCUGCCCUCUGGCGUUCAAUCCAUAACGUUUGCUGACAUUGAUCGUGACGGCACCAUUGAUAUGGUGUUUACAACCUGUAGCUCUGUUUCUAGCUCCUCUGGUGUAGGCUCUAAUUGCUAUAUCAACAUCGCCUUCAACCAGCAACUUCCUCUCUGCGGCACGGCUCAGCCCGCAUUCACAAAAGGCAUUCGUACAUGUAGACCGCCAGACAACCUGUGCGUGGCGGAUCCGAAUUUCAAAUUUGAGUUCUCCGGAGAUCCCGAUGUCUUUGUCCGCUUUCAAGUUUCUGCUCUAUUCCCAGAUGUUUCUACCCCUUCUUUACUCGUGCAAGAUACGACAUCCUCCCCUUCGAUACCCGUAGCCAUCAAACUAGGAGAUGCGAACCUGGACGGAUUUCCGGAUAUGCUUCUCGUCGUAUCUACGUCUCAGGGACGGACGCCAAAGAUGGUAUAUUCAGUACCUUGCGCACGCGGAAUAAUAGGCUGCGAUGCAAAUGGAAAACGAGGCUGGCAGGCGGUUAAGAAAGGCGUAGAAAGCCUUGAGGAAGUAAAGGAUGCAAGGGGCAUCUCGUUUGUGGACAUGGAUGAAGACGGAACUCUUGAUCUCAUGGUUCACAGAACUGGCGAUAGUGGUCAGGGUAAUAUUCUGUUCGUUCAAAACAACUUCUACUAUGACGCAUUCUUCCUCAAAGCUAUCGUAUUAAAUGGCGCUUGCAACAAUGGCUGGUGUUACACUAAAGAUGGGCAGAAAUACCAUCCAUUCGGUGUUAGUUAUUCUGGCGCUUCGUACAAAUAUACCGUGCUUGAUUUAUCUGGACGUCGUUCAGCUGCUCAAGUUGGACAACUCCCUCAAACGUCAUAUCACGCUUUACAAUCGCCGUACUCCUUCUUCGGCCUUGGACGCACUAACAACUAUAUCGAGAACCUUUUUGUAGGCUCAACCAUACAUCUAGAAAACCACUAUAUCAACAUGGAGGGAGUCAUCCCCAAUUCAAAAGUCGUCAUUUUACCGUCAGCUACAGAGGGCGAAGCAUGGAAGCGUGAACUUUUUCUACGGCCGGGAGAUUGGAUUCCUUGGGUUACGGUCACCGUUGUAGCAGGAACUGCGUUAUUAGCGAUCGUUGUCCUUGUUUUGCAUCUGAACGAGAAGCGAGAGGAUGAGUUAGAACGAAGACGAGUCUCGCACCAUAUCAAUUUCGAUGCUUUAUAAUAUGUUAUCAAAGUCCGCGUACGCUACACACCUCCCUUGUACAUGUAUACUAGGUAUCCCCAUCUAUCUCUGCGAUUUGAAGCCACUUUGCGCAGUGGACGGCUUCGACUGUAAAAGCUUGCCUUGCGAAGCACUUUCUUAAUAAAAAUGGUAUUUCUCUCCGGAUCAAGGUUGUUGUGCAGUGUCGCCCUGGGACAUCCAGCUGAGGAUAGGAUAGGAU